AUGGGGUGUGUAGCGAUGAAAAGCAGAUUAGACAAAAUAAAACUUAAUUUGAGAAAAGUGGAAAUAAAGUUAAAAAAAUUAACUUAAUAAAUUAAGCAGUUAAUUAAAGAAAUAGAAAUAUUGGAUGAUGAAGGAAGAUUUGAUGAAGCCGAUUUAAAGGAAUUAGAAUUAUAACAAUUAUCAAAAGAAAAAAGAAUACUUGUAAAUGAGACGAAAAGUAGAAAAAAAACUGUUGCAGCACUUGAGCAGGUUAUGAAAAACAAUAAAACUCUAAAAGAAUAAAAUUUACUAAAAGAAAAACAAAUACAACAACAGAAAGAAAAAAAUCAAAACAUAAAAUAAUAAGAGAAGUUAAUUAAUGCAAUAAUUAAGGAAAAAGAUGAGGAAAGAGAAAGAUUAUAAAAUAUUUAAGAUUUAGAAGAGGAAGAGAAUGAAGAGGAUUAUAAAGAAUAACUAGUUGUUCGAAAAAAAGAUAGAGAACAUAUUACAAAUCCAAAUCAUGAUUUGAAUCUAAAUAAAGAUAAAGUUUAACAAGUAGAGAAAACUUAUGCCCCUCCAAAUGCGGCCUAUCCUUUUGAAGAAUUGAAAGCCGAUUAUUCUCAUAAUAAUCACAGAAUUUAGCAAGCUCAAAUAAGUUAAGUUUAAUCGUUUUUAUAAAAUUGA